UGAAACGGUGAUUCGCCUUUCGUCAUGGCCGAUGACGGCGGCGAUGGGUAUGUGUUCCACAUGAAAAGUGUCGCCCAGGACGAUAACGACGAAGACGACGGAGGUGACGAUAUUGGUGACAUUGCUGGGCUAUUAAGUCAGGCCGGUGCUAUUACGGACAACGCCAUUGCCAGUGGCCUGUUGAGUCAUGAUGCAACUAGCCAGCGACCAUCCACUCUGGUCCUCACUCCACCAAGUGAUGCUACGACACCAACCGCCUGCUCAACCCUCGACCACCGCGAAGUCAUUUCGUUUUCGCCAACGAAACAAGUCGAGGUGUCCGACCAGGGCCUACGGGGGCCAGACGUCGUAGUCUCUGCCUCGUUCGUUGGUCGGGUCAGUGACCACGAACGAUCCAUCCUGACUAACACUAACAACGGUCACCACAGCCCACCCAAAGUACUCCCAACAUCCGCCUCAUCUGCGACCAUCGUUGAUGAGAAUGCUGUCAUAUCUACCGUUUGCCACCAAGGGGUUAAAGUGCAAAUUGACGCCGACACACGAACCUAUAAGGGUCCCAACGACCCGACAACACAUGCAAGCAGUACGUCUCCAUUCUUGCCGCAGACAUCCAUGGCAACCCCUCCUUCUUCGUCGUUGAAUGCCCCCCAACCAUCUUCGUCCACAAACACCGCUAUGACUCGCCCCCUCCUUCCUCAACAGCAUCGACGGGACCCCGUCGCCAUCCACACCGUCUCCUCGCGAUCGUCGUGUUCGACCGGCACGGCUCACUGCAAAGUCGCGUACAUAACAGCGUUGCGUCAAUUGGCGGCCAAGAAGGACAAAACAGGGGCCCCUUCCGCUUCUACCAGUCAACACACAACACUAAACACCGCGCCGUCCGAAUCUCACUGGUCGGUGGACACCGCCGUGAACCAGUUGGUUCAACAAGUGCACGACAGCAGCCGUGAUGGAAAUGCCGUGACCCCCGCAGUCAAAUCGGAGAACAACAUCGCAUUAGCAGUUAACAAGUUGUCGAAACCCACGAAGAAGAACCCAAAGUCCAAACAACGGGCGUUUGCGACCGUGGAAGACGCUCGAGAGUGCCGGUUUCACCCGAAAAAGUCUCAGGCCAGCGUCCGAGCAAUGCAAAAUCCAGCAUGUGGCUACGAUUUUGUAUCGCGAACCACCGAUAACGACAAGGAUUUUAUUGGACGCAUGGAUGCCGCAGAACUGAAUCGGCAAAAGCGCCUGGAAACUACUCGCGGUGAAGAAGCGUACAACGUUCGACAGAAUAAAAAACAAUGCCCCAAGUGUGGAAUGGUUCAAUCGUAUGCUGAAUAUCGCGACAAGAAGAAGCGGUGCACUUUCUGCGGCAUCCCGUUCGUGUUGCCCAAGGCGUGGGGCGAUGUGGGGCGUUCGUUCCUCGAGCGUAUGGAGGAAUGGGGCCAGCACCACGAAGCGAACCAGCUCAAGAUCCGGCAUGCUGUCACCCUCCUGGAAACCAACGGCGGGGGAAAGAGCUCGCGGCAAAAGGUGCUCGAAAAACGGCUGGCAACAAGGCACACGGACGACCCGCUGGCAUUUAUCCACGAGUACCUUCGACUGAAACAGACCCAACCAACCAGGAAAACCAACGGACAGCGACGGAUUCAAGUCCCUGCGAAUCUACAGCAGAAGAUUGUAGAAGCAGCCAUCGCUGCAGGUAUUCCGUCGCCCGACCAGCACAACAACAUCCACGACGACAAGGGCUAACGCGAGAAACAAAAAGUUAAUUUAAGAACGACAAUUUUGAAACAGACA